AAAACAAUGUAGUUAGAGCUAGCUUUAUGUAUAGAAAUAUGAUAUAUAUAAAUGGGAUUCCUCUCUCAUUAAAUAAAACUAUCAGACCAAAAAAAUUUUUAAUAUAUUUUAUAUUACUUUUUUUAUUUAUAUGUCUAUUAACAUUUUUUUCUUUACCUGAAUUAACAACUAAAAAAAGUCCAAUAUUGUUUAUUUCAAAUAAUUAUUCUAUACCCGAAGAUAUUUAUGAUAACCCAAAGUUCGUACCACCUUUUAAAAUUCCAGGAAACAUGCCAAAAUUUACAAAUUCAAAUUUAUAUAUUGAAUCCUUAGAUCUUAAAAAAGGUAUACCUAUUUAUACAAUUGCAAAAAAGGAAUCCAUGCCACAAAUUUAUAUCCGUAAUAAAUAUAUAUCCGAACAAGAUUCCGAUUCAUCCAGUUCUGACAUUAUUCACAAAAGGAAUAAAGUGAAACAAAUGAUGAAAUUUGCAUGGGAUGGUUAUGUUAAAUAUGCUUUUGGUUAUAAUGAGCUGAAACCAAUAUCAAAACAACCACAUUUUGGCAGCAUUUUUGGAAAGGAUAAACUUGGUCUAACUAUUAUUGACAGUUUAGACACUCUACUCAUCAUGAAUCUUACCAACGAAUAUAAAACUGGGUAUGAUUGGGUAAUCAAUAAUCUGUCUUUCAAUAAAGUAAAAAGCUCCAUAUCAAUAUUCGAGACCAACAUUCGAUAUAUAGGGGGUUUAUUGACCAUUUAUUUAUUGACCUUUGAUAAAAAGCUCUUAGAUAAGGCUAUGGAAAUUGCUGAUUUGUUGAUGCCUGCAUUUGAGACUCCUAUGGGUCUACCAUAUUCAACAUUAGAUAUUAAUAGUAAAAGGGGUAAAAACUACUUCUGGGCCCAGGGUGACUCCUUCAUUUUAUCGGAAAUAGGAACAUUGCAAUUGGAAUACGAAUUAUUAUCAAAAUUAUCCGGCCUCGAUAUUUAUGCUCAAAAAGUUAUGAAAAUUCGAGAGUAUUUGAGCAGUAUUCCAAAGAGAGAUGGGCUAGUUAAUAACUAUAUUGACCCUAACGUUGACGCCCACAGAACAUCAAUAAAUUACAUAUCGUUGGGAGGCCUGGGGGAUAGUUUUUACGAAUAUUUGAUAAAAUCGUACAUUAUCACCGACCGUAAGGAUCUUCAGGGAAAAUUUAUGUUUGAUCAAGCUAUGAAAGGCGUACAAAAACUUUUAGUACAAAAAUCGGUCUCCAAUUUAACUUACCUAGCUCAAAUCAGAGAUGGUAAAAUUGAACACAAAAUGGAUCACUUGGCUUGUUUCUUCGGCGGUCUCUUAGCUUUAACUAGUCAAUACGAACACAACCAAACAACCAGUGACGCAUAUUUAACCUUGGCGCGCGAAAUCACUGAAACUUGUCAUCAAGCCUACCUAAAUAGUCCCUUGCAUUUAUGCCCCGAAGUAUUUCUUUUCGAUCCUGAUCGCCAAUUAGAAGCUCGGACAGAUAAUUCCAAAGAAGUGCAUUAUAUACUUAGGCCUGAAACAUUCGAAUCAUAUUUUUACCUCUACAGAAUUACGGGUGAUGAAAUUUAUAGAGACUAUGCUUGGCAAGCUGUUUUGGCUUUGGAAGAACACACUAAAAUUGGGGUCGGUUAUUCAGGAGUGCGUAACGUAUACUCUACUCGUUCCGACCACGAUGACGUUCAGCAAUCUUAUUUUAUGGCGGAGGCCUUGAAAUAUCUCUACCUUAUAUUUUGUCCCGACACCUAUUUACCCUUAGACAAAUGGGUUUUUAACACCGAAGGCCAUCCACUGUUAAAGCACUAUCUUUUACCAGGCUUGGAUGAUGAUCAAAAUCAUAAUGAGGAAAGGGGGGAAGAUAUAAACGACGAUGGGGCUGCUUUGGAUCUCGAGAGGCAGGAAAGCGAGAAAGUUCAAGAACUGCAAGAUAUUGAGGAGAAUGGAGAUAAUGCAAGGAGAAUGGACCCCGUGGAAUCAAAUAAUCAAGUGUGAAAUGAAAAUUUUUCGCCUGUUGAACUUUGUUUUCUCAGAUAUAGAUUAUUUGAGGAUUUAUGAAAUGGGGAUCUGAAUCGUUUUUAAAAUUGUUUUUUUCGAUUCUCUGGGGAAGUUUAUUUAUGAACAAAAUAAAGUGCUAAUAAUUACAAUUUUUUUUAAAAAUAAUCUUUUUUGGUUGGGGUUUAGACGUGGAUGCAAAUUUAAAAUGUUAUUUUUUUUAUACAAAAAUUUAGGUUUCAUUAAACAUAAGACUAAACUAUUUGUUUAUCUAAUCAUUUUACAUGCGCAAAAA